UGUUGUUAGUACGUGUAGUUUUCGUAUUUGGUGCCGCAUUUCAAAACUUUUACUUGAUAACUAACUUAAUUUGACAUAACGUGGCUCAUUCAGUAGUUUCUUUUCAAGUACACUAGUCAAGGAUACCGAGCAAGAUUGUUUUUACUUGCCCUCCUGACAGAAAUAGUUUAGUUUUAGAGUUGAUAAAUAGCAGUGCUAACGUAAACAAUAAUGGCUAAACCCAGAAGUGAAUUUAGGUUUAUUUUCUUCGCUGGCGGUAUAUUUAUUUGCUAUUUCAUAUUUGGAAUGCUUCAAGAGAAAAUUACUCGUGGGUUAUACGGAGACAAUGAACAGUUCACUUGCACAUUGUCACUGGUUUUGGUACAGUGCGUGGUAAACUAUACUUUUGCCCAGAUUUUGAUGCUUUCUUGGAUACACGAGAAGGACACAACUAGAAAGAUUUACUAUUUUUCGUCUGCAUUAACUUAUCUGCUGGGUAUGGUGAGCUCUAACAUGGCCUUGCAAUGGAUCAACUAUCCAACUCAGGUUGUCGGGAAAGCAGCGAAGCCCAUACCUGUAAUGAUCCUAGGGGUACUAAUUGGUCGCAAAGUGUACCCUCUUAGAAAGUACCUUUUUGUAUUUCUCAUAGUUUUGGGUGUAGUUCUCUUCAUGUUAAAGGAUCAGAGUAAAAAGGUAGCUCAUGAGAGCCAGGGCCUUGGCAUUGGUGAGCUGAUGCUGUUCCUGUCAUUGACCAUGGAUGGACUCACUGGAGCUGUGCAGGAACGGAUUAAAAGUGAGUCCUCGCCAUCUGCCUAUUCAAUGAUGGUCAAUACAAAUGGAUGGUCAUCACUAAUCUUAUCAAUUGGCGUCUUAUUGACCGGUGAGAUCUUCCGAUUCAUCGCUUUUGUGUCCAAGUAUCCUGAAGUACUGGUGCACCUUGCGGGCCUGGCUUUCAUGGGAGCCUUAGGGCAACUGUUCAUAUUUUUCAUGGUAUCAGAAUUUGGGCCGCUCCCGUGCUCGGUGGUCACCACGACGAGGAAGUUCUUCACAGUGCUGGCGUCGGUGCUCAUAUUCGGCAACGUGCUGCUCGGACGGCAGUGGAUAGGCGCCACUAUAGUAUUCACUGGUUUGUUCCUGGACAUUUUCUACAGCAAAGGAAAAGGUCAGGCGCCGAAAAAGGUAACAGAAAAAUAACUUUUGUAAUGAAUUUAGAACAAUUUAUUAAGUAAACUUAGUUUAAAUUUGCUGUUUAAACCCACAGAAAAAAAAGGAAACAGAUUUACAUCACUGAAUUAAAAGGUAACAAGAAUAAAAUAAUGUAACCAAAAUAGCUCGAACGAAUUUGUGAAGUGUAAUAGAAAACCGUGAUACUAAGUGCAAUGGAUAAUUUAUGCAUAUAGAGAAACGAUAUUGUAUUUUUAUAUAUUAGGAUAAAAAUAAACUGUACUUACUCUUACCUAUAUAAAAUAAAUAUUAGGAGUCAAAUGUACUGUUAUUUUAAGUAUAUUAAAUUAAAAU